AUGAAAUGGCUCCUCUGUGGUACUGGGGUGAAGGUCUUGGUGCUGAUGAAGCAGCCCACUGACUCCUCAGGGGAAUCACACGUGAAGGAUGCUGAGUACUGCGUAGCAGAGCCAGACCUGCUGAAAGCCUGUGCUGGGGCUGACGUCCUCCUGUUCGUGGUGCCCCACCAGUUUGUCGGGCAAGUCUGCGACCAGCUCAAGGGCCACGUGAAGAAAGACGCCGUUGGGGUAUCGCUCAUCAAGGGGGUGGACGAAGGACCAGAUGGGCUGAGGCUGAUCUCAGACAUUAUCCAUGAAAAACUGGGAAUAGACAUGAGCGUCCUCAUGGGGGCCAACAUCGCUAAUGAAGUGGCAGAAGGGAAGUUCUGUGAAACAACCAUCGGCUGCAAGAACGCGCAGCACGGGCAGACGCUGAAGGAGCUGAUGCAGACACCGAACUUUCGGGUGACGGUGGUGCAGGAAGCGGACACCGUGGAGAUCUGCGGGGCUCUCAAGAACGUUGUGGCUGUAGGAGCUGGGUUCUGUGAUGGGCUCGGCUACGGAGACAACACGAAGGCUGCCGUGAUCCGUCUGGGACUGAUGGAGAUGAUUGGCUUCGCCAAACUCUUCUGUAAGGGCCCCGUUACCUCCUCCACCUUCCUGGAGAGCUGCGGGGUUGCUGACCUCAUCACUACCUGCUACGGUGGCCGCAACCGCAAGGUGGCUGAGGCUUUUGCCAAGACGGGGAAGUCUAUUGAGCAGCUGGAGAAGGAGCUGUUGAAUGGGCAGAAGCUGCAGGGUCCCCAGACGUCUGCUGAGCUGCAUCGCAUUCUUAAAAGCAAGAACGUAGUGGACAAGUUCCCCCUCUUCACAGCUGUGUAUCAGAUCUGCUACGAGGGCAAACCUGUUACUGAUGUCAUCAAGUGUCUCCAGAACCACCCUGAGCACAUGUAAGUGGGCUCUGCCUGCAAAACCACUGAUCCUGCCGAGAAGAGCGGAGAGCUCCUCCCUGCACCAACUUGCUCUGAUGCUACAGCUUUGUAAGGAGUCCGGAUUUCCUGGGAGCCUUUGCAGAGUGCUGGAAGGGCAGAGGUUUCCCUUCUCAGCCCUGGACGCUGCCAGCCUGAGCCUGGCAUCCGCACAGAGGUACCUGCUGAUCUCCCCCUCUCUUUGAAGGGCUCGUUUAG